AUGGAGUGCGGGCCAAGGAUAGAGGAUGGUUCAUUUUGUGUCGAUGGCACCGAAUUAAACAAGGUGAACUGUUUCAAGUACCUUGGAUUCAAAGUGACUUCCACAAGCGACUUUGAUCAAGAAGGUCGAGCAGGUGUUAAUACGGCAUGGACGAAAUGGAAAAUGGCAGCAGGCGUACUGUGCGACAAAAAAAUUCCCUGUUCGACUGAAGUCGAAGGUCUACAGGACGGUUGUGCGUCCUGUUGCCCUUUACGGAUGCGAGUACUGGCCGACGACGAAAGCCUUGGAAAGAUUGUUACACGCUAUGAAGAUGCGGAUGUUAAGGUGGACAAUAGGUGUAACGCUAAAAGAGAAAGUAUCCAACGACACUGCGCGCUCCAUCUUCGGCGUCGUCACGAUAACUGA